UUUGGUUUCCCUGGUGCCUCUGGCUCCUCUGGCUCCUCUGGCUCCCCUGGUUCCCCUGGUUCCCCUGGCUUCUCUGGGUCCAGGUUUUUUGAGAGCAGGGAGCCUCCUGUUCAUGGUCCUAUCUUUGUGAAGACGCUUCCCGGCCAAUCACAACCAGAUGGAUAA